AUGUCAAAGCCACGAAGCUACGGUUUCGGGACAGUAUCUCUAACUACCAACCACUACUACCACUACUACUACUACUACUACUACUACUACUACUACCACUACUACUACUACUACUACUACUACUACUACUACUACUACUACUACUACUACUACUACUACUACUACUACUACUACUACUACUACUACUACUGCUACUACUACUACUACUACUACUACUGCUACUACUACUACUACUACUACUACUACUACUACUACUACUACUACUACUACUACUACUACUACUACUACUACUACUACUACUACUACUACUACUACUACUACUACUACUACUACUACUACUACUACUACUACUACUACUACUACUACUACUACUACUACCACUACUAUUACCUGCUGUAA